AUGAUGUUGGUUCUGGGGUAUCCUCCUGCCAAUGCUAAAUUUUUUAACGAUGAUUUGGCCACACCCUGUCACUGUUUUCACCCUCCAAACACAGUUUUUAGCCUAAAAUGUUCACCGAAAUUGCAAUUCAGAUGCUCUCCCUCCCAACGUAACACUUUUAAGAGCUUUUGCAGAAGGGAAGAAGAAGUCACACCCUUUCCUCAAGGAUUCUCAGCCUUGCAAGAAGAUGAUAGUCCAUGGGAGAGUGGGAAUGUAUGGAGCAAUCUUGCACUCUAUAUAUUCACUCUGCAUAUCCCUUUCAGUUUUGGAGGCUUAUCCGUUGUGGCUUUAUUCAAUGGACAACCAGUUCUUGACCCACAAACUGAGGCCUUAUCACUUCUCACCAUUCAGAUUCUCGAGCUUAGUGGGGCUUUAGUUUUAUUGAAGUACACAGCUAAGCCACAAUAUAAGUUUUCAAAUUUCUUCAAAAAGAACAACGUAUUCAGCAACAGGAACUGGUUUUUGUCAUCAGCUCUGGGAUUUGGGUUUCUUGUUCUUCUGAUUUUCUUAACUUCAAUACUUGCUGACUUAUUAUAUGGCUCCAAGCCUGUGAACAACCCCAUACAGAAGGAAAUGCUACUAAACAGUGACAUUUCAAGAGUGUCUUGUGUGCUUGCUUAUUGCAUUUUCAUUCCCCUUUUGGAAGAAGUUGUUUAUAGGGGAUUUCUUUUGACAUCACUUUCAUCCACCAUGGACUGGCAACAAGCUGUUGGCAUAAGCUCAGUUAUAUUCAGUGCCAUUCACUUAUCCGGUGAGAACUUUCUACAAUUGUUCAUCAUUGGGUGUGUUCUUGGAUGCUCCUAUUCUUGGACUGGGAAUUUGAGUUCCUCUAUUGUUAUACAUUCCUUGUACAAUGCUUUGACCCUUGUAAUAUCUUAUUUCUAUUAA